CCUCUUUUUUGCCUUGCCGAUAUUGCAUUUAUUCGUUGUCUUUCCAAAAAGUGUGUCGGGAAAUUCUGAUAUUUGAAAAAUUUGUCCUUCUCGGAAAUACGAAUGACCUCAAGAGUGAGAAAGAUAGCUCAGAUAGCUUGUUCUUAGCAACGUGGGAUCAAACGGCAUUCAUCGCUAAAGCUGCGUUAAGUGUUGUCACAUCGUUUAUCCUUUACGAUUGCUACCAUUUAGUUUUGUCUGUCUUUGAUAUGGAGAUUCUCACCGAAGGAAGCAUUAACCCAGCGUUCAAGAGAGUGAAGUAUGGAGUGCGAGGAUGGCUGGAAGGUCGCUCAUAUGAAAUUCAACAAGAGCUUGCUCGUGGAGCUGAGAAGCCAUUUUCUGAAGUUCUGAUACACUAUGGAAAUCCACAAGGAAUGGGACAGCCACCGAUUACAUUUUUUAGACAGGUUUUGGCACUUCUUUUGUGUCCUGACCUUCAAAAUGAUGAACGUUUCCCACAAGAUGCCAAAAGAAGGGCGAAAAGAAUUCUUGAUGACAUGAUAGGACACACUGUGGGUAGUUAUACUGCAACUCAAGGGAUUAAUGUCGUGCGUGAAGACAUCGCCAAUUUCAUCUCGCAGAGAGAUGGUCAUCCAGCAGUAGCAGAUGAUAUAUAUCUCACUGAUGGAGGGGCCGAGGGACUUGAAGUGAUGUUGGGAAUUGUUCAAAUUGAGAGUCAUGAAGAAACAGGUCGUGCUGGAGUGAUGAUUCCUGUACCAGGCUUCAGUAUGUACCAAGCCAGACUGCUACAACACAACUCGUACCAGAUAUUUUACCCUCUCGAUGAAGAUAACAACUGGGCUUUGAACAUGGCUACACUCGAAAGAGUGUUGGAGGAAGCCAGGCCGCAUUGCGUCCCAAGAGCCCUUGUGUUGAUUAAUCCCGGAAACCCGACAGGACAGGUCUUGACAUACGAAAACGUUCAAGAAAUCGUCAGGUUUUGCGCUCGAGAGAAGCUAGUGUUAUUCGCCGAUGAAGUUUACCAAGCCAAUAUUCAUGUCGAUGGAGUUGAGUUUCACUCGUGUAAGAAAGUCUUGAGGGAUAUGGGAGCGGAGUAUAGCAAUUUUCAGCUGAUCUCGCUUCAUUCAGGCGCAAAGGGAUAUGCUGGAGAAUGUGGUCUUAGAGGUGGAUACAUAGAGCUUGUCGGGUUUAGUGAACAAGUCAAGGCUCGGAUCAAAAUGUACCUCAGUGCAAGAUCUUGUUCCUCGACAAUAGGACAGUUUGUCUCCUUUUCCAAGGUGAUCAUGGGGCUCAUUUGCAACCCUCCAAGGCCAGGAGAUGAAUCAUAUGAUCGCUUUUCAAAGGAAAAAGAGACUGUUCUUAAAUCUCAUAAGAAGAAGGCAAAGUUGGCAACAGAAGUACUCAACUCCAUGGAAGGGGUCAAAUGUAAUGAAGUAAGAGGAGCAGUGUACGCAUUUCCGAGGAUCACGUUGCCAAAAAAAGCUAUAGAAGAAGCAAAGACAAAAGGACUGCCGCCAGACGAGUUCUAUUGCUGGAAGGCUUUGGAGAAAACCGGAAGCUACUUUGUGCCAGGCCAUGGUUUUGACAUGAACGGGAGCAAUAAUCAUUACUACUUCCGAAUAACUAUCCUUCCUUCUGAAGACAAGUUUAUUGCAAUGUUUGAAAGAUUGAAAACUUUUCAUCAAGAAUUUAUGACACAGUAUAAAGACUAAUAAUAAAGACCAAACUGCGUUCUAAACAGUUUAUACAACUUUUUUAUGUGAACUUCAAAUUGGCCGGGAAUUGUUAUUUUUACAAACUAAUAAAGCUACAUCUAUAGGGGAAUCCUUGUUUACAAUAUUUGCCUCGUUAGCAUAAGCAAUUCAGUUUCUGAUGGAGCUAAAAAUAAAUCAGUUCAGAAUAUCGAAAGGUUAAAGUAUGAUUAACUCGGCCAAUGAAUACGAGCCUGAUGCAUUGAAUACUUUUUGUGCAACACGGGUUUAGAAACUCAA